AUGCCUAUUCCUUGUGAAGUAGUUGGGUCCAUCCCACGACCACUCAAGCUCCAACGUGCAUUUGCAGCGUAUGAAGCAAGGCAAAUAACCUUUGAACAGCUCGAGCCGGAAAUUAAUCAUGCUUGCGAGGAUACGAUUCGACGAAUGGAGGACGCUGGCCAACUUGUCAUUACUGACGGAGAGCAGAGGAUUAGUUCUUUCGCGACAUAUCCUAUCUUCGAUACACUGCACGGAACGGGACUAGCAGAGAAUCUUGUGCUCGACGGACACGGUCAGAUGUUUGCAAUCUUUGCCGACGGACAUGAACGCCGUCUCCCACGUCUGGUUUCGGGACCGUUUAGGUUCAAGACUUUUGCUGCAGAUUACAUGGCUCAGGGUUUACACUUUGCCCAGAACUUGGUGAAGCAGUGCGAAACAGAUAUUCGCAAAUGCUUCCAGGCUGGAGCAGUCCGCGUAUCGAUAGAUUUCACUGAGGGACGGCUCGCUCUUAGGAACGACAGUCGAAAUCCGUGGACCGGUGAACGUUUGCUAGACUUUUUCCUCGAACUUAACAAUCGGGUGAUCAAUCGGUUUACAGCCGUCGAACGUGCACAUAUCGGGGUUCAUACAUGUCCCGGUGGCGAUUGGGACUCAACCCAUAGUCUGGAUGUUCCAUACGAAUUGUUGCUUAAGGAAAUGUUUAGACUGGGGUCUUACUUAAUCAUCGGUAUUCCUGAACUUCUUUGA